AUGAUUCAAUCUGCAACCACAGGACAGGGGAAUGUAACAAAGGCUGUAAGCCUGGAUAUCAAGGAGAACUUUGCUAUAAUGGUAACUGUACCUUUAGCUGAGCUCUGUCAGUAUGGAUGUGAACCAGGAUGGAGUGGUUCAACAUGCUCUCUUGGUAAAGGAUUGUGUGCCGCGGAAAAAUAUGGAAAAGACUGCAAGUUUUCUUGUAGCCAAAACUGCAUUAACAAGGAAUCGUGUGACCAUGUGACUGGAGUCUGUGAAAAUGGUUGUUCAGAUGGAUAUAAAGGAGAGAAAUGCAAUUUAAUUUGUGGAAAUGGUUAUUUUGGAGUGAAUUGUUCAAACGUUUGCUCUGAGAACUGUUCUGAUAUAUGCAAUCAUAUUGAUGGGAUGUGUAGCUGCAAAGCUGGAAUGAUGGAUUCUCCGAAAUGCAAACAAGAAGAAGGCAAGUGAAAGUGAAAAGACAGUCCUCAUCUCAUUACAUAACAACUGAAGCAGAAAUGAAAGAAAAGACUUCUGAAUCACACGAAUAUCAAGAAGUGAAUUCUGUUUCACGCGAUUUUUCGUACCAAAACCUCACAUUCGAUACCUGAAGAUUUUCAUUAUACCGGAUU